CAGCAACGCCGUGCUCGCUGGAAGUUCUGCCACGUCUUCCACAAGCUGCUGCGAGACGGACACCCAAACGUGAUAAAGGACUCCAUGAGGAACAAAGCAGAUUUAACGGACAUGAGCAGGAUGUGGGGUCACCUCAGUGAAGGCUAUGGGAAGCUGUGCAGCAUCUACCUCAAACUGCUCAUCACCAAAAUGGAGUUUCACAUCAAAAACCCCCGUUUUCCUGGGAACCUUCAGAUGUCCAACAGACAGCUUGACGAGGCGGAGAGAACGACGUUAACAACUUCUUCCAGUUGACGGUGGAGAUGUUCGAUUACCUGGAGUGUGAGCUCAACCUCUUCCUGGGUGUGUUCAGCUCUCUUGACAUGUCCCGGUCGGUUUCGGUGACCGCCGCCGGUCAGUGCCGUCUGGCCCCGCUCAUCCAAGUCAUCCUGGACUGCAGCCACCUGUACGACUACACCGUCAAGCUUCUGUUUAAGCUGCACUCAUGCCUUCCAGCUGACACUCUGCAGGGCCACAGAGAUCGCUUCCAGGAACAGUUUAAAAAGCUAAAGAGUCUGUUCUAUCGCUCCAGUAACUUGCAGUAUUUCAAGAGGCUGAUUCAAAUCCCGCAGUUGCCUGAGUUGGAACGGAUCAAAGGAUAUCGGGACGUGUCAUGCGGAGGGAUCUCUGUAACCUUCACCGUUGGAAAACAUGUCUGCCAUCUGCUGUCGCUGCCAAGUGGAUCGCCUCUGAGCGCCGGGCAGAGCCGCGUCGGAAAGAGCAAUAACGCCAAAGUCACCGCUGCCAAAGGUCUGACUCCGGACAGCAGCGCAUAA